CCACAACAUUAUCUAAAACGAUAUCGUUUCAAUCAUCUAUGAAACUAACAGAACAAGGCCAAGCAAACCCCAUUGAAACGCACAGCGCCGCCCCACACGAAGAAACCAAAGAUUUUUGUUUUCUCGCUUCUUGAUUCCGAAACAGAGUCCUUAGUAGAGAAGCUGAAGAUGCUUGGCGAAUGGGUAAAGUUCUCGGGUUAAAGGCUUCUUGAAGCAACAAAAUAAUCAUCGCUGAGCUCAUGCGUAUUGAGCAAGAAAAUUGUAGAGAUCUUUCAUUGUUGAGGUUGGUUUAGAAUCACAAUGACACGAGCACGGAAUGUCAUGGUUGCUUCCGGCUUACUAGUUUUUGCAGCUGCAGGCUUAGCGUUUCCAUUUUAUAUGGCGACAUCUAGGAGACCUGUGGAUUCAUCUAAGCCACUUCCUCCACAGGCAACUUUUCGAGGGCCUUACAUAAAUACUGGUUCACGUGAUGUCGGACCUGAUCACCAGACUUACUCGAAGAAAUGAUCCUUUUUUGUUGAUUUAACUCCUGUUAGCUCAUGAUGAGUGACACACUGUUUGGUACUCUCAUGGAAAAGGACAAGUGAAUACGUAAAUAUUCUUUUGUAAGAACUUUGAUAAGAAAAAUAUGACAUACACUAUCAUCAUCUUUGUUCCAAUACACUUGGUAAGAUUUCCUAUGCUGAUAGUUGACAGCUGCCAUGCAACUGUCUAAAUAUUGGGUUGGAAAUAGUAAUCAAGGGUAGUUUGCCCGUUUGGUAGAUGCUAUAGUUGUGUUCAAUAUAUUAUGGCCGUUUGGUA